AUGAUGAAGAAAGCUGUUGAUGUAGGCAGGUUCAGGGGCUUUAAGGUAAAUGUCAAUCUUCACUUCCAAUUGUUACAAUUCGCGGAUGAUACCAUUAUAAUGGGAGAAGGCAGUUUAGAGAAUUUUUGGACUAUUAAGUCUAUGCUUAGAGGUUUUGAACUGGUGUCCGGUUUAAAAAUUAAUUUUGUGAAGAGUAAACUCUACGGUUUCAAUGUGGAUGCAAGACUUCUUGAAGCUGAAGCCUCUUUUUUAGCUUGUAAUACGACGACAAUUCCAUUUAAAUUUUUGGGAAUAUCGGUAGGAGCUAAUCCGCGAAGGAGAGAGACUUGGAAACUUGUUGUGGAGGCUAUGACUAAAUGUUUGAAUUCUUGGGCUCCUUGUUGUGUGCUAAAAAGUAUCGAGAAAAUUCAGCGGAACUUUUUGUGGGGUGGUGGUGCAGAUGAGAGAAAGGUAUGCUGGGUCAAAUGGGAUCAAAUUUGUUUACCUAAGGAGAAAGGUGGUUUAGGAGUAAAAAAUCUAGAACUCUUUAAUUUGGCUUUGCUUAGCAAGUGGAAGUGGCGUUUUUUGAAUCACGAUAAUGCAAUUUGGGCUGACUUGCUUCGUUACCGUUAUGGUCACCUACCUUCUCUAUUGCUGAGUGGUCUUGAUAUUACGCCUAGUGCACACUCCUCUUUGUGGUGGCGUGAUAUUAUUAGUCCCGGACGCGGGAAGAGUGAUAGUUGGUUUAAAUCCAAUAUUAGUUGUUGUGUUGGUAACAGUAAUAACAUUGGGUUUUGGCAAUUUAAAUGGUACGGAAACCAGGCUUUUUGUGAUCUUUUUCCUUAUUUGUAUACUAAAGAAGCGAUCAAGAAUGUUAAGGUUUCUGAAUGUCUGCGAGGAAAUGGUUUAGUUCCAUUAUAG